GGACGCACGGGCAAACCGCCGUAAAGGUAGCUCAAUGCCGUGGGAACAAUGAACUCCAAACACAAAUAGAUCCAAGGUGUAUACAAGCGCUUUAAAAUAACAUACAGUCUAUCUUUAACGAGAAAAACGCUAAAAUAAGGGCCCUUUUUUCUAUUUAGUCUGUAAAAAAUUUUUUUUCACAAAAUGGUCUCGUAGCAAAAACCAAUCGCAAAUGCUUUUCUUGGGGUUUUUUUUUUUAAUUGUUUUUCAGUUUUCCUUUCCAUCAGAAACCUGUUCAAAGAAAUCCCGUCGUUUAAAUACCUGGAAUCAGAAACGGAAGGGAAAGGCUUCUUUUUUUUUCAUUUCGACCUGAAUUUUGUCCUUCUUCUAUCUUUCUUCUUUCUUCUUUUCUUGCUUGCCUUGUCUUCAUCCCAUUUUUACAGUAAAUCAAGCAAGAUGUCUCCUUUAAGCACUGAUCGCAUUAAUGAUGCGCCUUUCAUCUACGAUAUGACAAGUGAUACUGCUACAAUCCCCACUGAUGAAAUGUUCGAUAUCAUGAAGGCCGCCACUCGUGGAGAUGAUGUUUACCAGACCGACAACGAUGUGAAGGAACUUGAAAAUUAUGUAGCUCAGCUUCUUGGUCAUGAAGCUGCUUUAUUCUGUACAAGUGGUACACUUUCAAAUCAACUCGGUCUUCGUUGUCUAUUAUUCCAACCUCCUCAUUCUGUUCUGUGCGAUUCACGCUCUCACGUCUUUAACUAUGAAUGCGGUGGUAUUGCUUACCACUCUCAAGCCAAUGUCGUGCCUGUAUUUGCCAAGGGCAACUAUAUGACGGCUCAAGAAGUAGAAGGCCGUAUCAAUAAAGAUACUUUGUGUGGUGCUAUUACCAAAGUCAUAUCGCUCGAAAAUACCUUAAAUGGAACGAUCAUGCCCAUCGACGAGAUUAAAAAGAUUCAUGAUGUAGCCCGCGCUAAUAAUAUUAAAAUGCAUAUGGACGGUGCCCGUUUAUGGAAUGCGAGCGAAGAGACGAAAACUCCUUUGCAUGAGUACGGUCAAUAUUUCGAUACCAUAUCUAUUUGUUUAUCGAAAGGUGUUGGUGCACCUGUUGGUAGUAUGUUGGUCGGUAGUAAAGAGCUUAUCACACGUGCUCGUCACAUUCGUAAAUUAAUGGGAGGAGGUUGGAGACAGGUCGGCAUGUUGGCCGUAGCAGCUCGUCAUUGCAUCAACAACGUUGUUCCUACCUUGCGUGAUACACAUGUACUUGCUAAAAAACUCGCUCACCAUCUGGAAUCUCUCGGUGUGCAAAUUUUGUUACCCGUCGAUACCAAUAUGAUUUUCAUUGAUACAUCACGUACCGGUCUUGUUAUAUCCGACUUAAGCGAAGCACUCAAGAGGAAGAACAUCAAGAUUUUCAGUAGCCCUGGUACAACAGCUCGUAUUGUGCUUCAUUAUCAAAUUACUCCAGAAGCCAUCGAAGAUUUCAUGCAGGUGGCAUCUGAUUUAGUACAUGCCAAGCAGAAGUCUGGUUUUGUUCCUCCACCUUUGGAAAACACUGCAGUCGAUACUUUACAACAAACUGCUGAAUCUGCUUAUCCUUCAACAACUGUUUAAGGAUUAAGAGAAAGGGUUCAUUCAUCCGAGAUCAGUUUCUUUUUUUUCUUUUUUUUCUUAAUGUAUCAUAUCGUUCUAAUUUUUUUUUCCUUAUCAUUAUGUUUCAUCAUUUCGUAUUAUCAUCUUUCCGACAUUUAACAUUGUAUUUAUCCGUUCAU